ACUAUGACCGCCUGUAAGGUAUAUCAAUUGCUGUAAAAAGAUGACGUUAGCAUUCUGUAAUGCAGAGUGCUUUUCUCAACAGACUAGUCCAUGUCCUUUCCCACAGGUGUUCGAAAAUGGAACCAUCGUGGAAGCACCGUUUUUUCCAUCAUCUGGCCUCUGCUUCUGAUCGCUCUCUGCGUGUUGGAUAUAAUCAACAGCGCCUUUCACUUUUGGGGUCGGAAUAACGAAGUCUUCCAUCUCAUCCACAACGGUACAUAUCUGAGUGUGGUCUUGCUAACUCCGGUGUUGUGUCUGAUAGCGAAUAUCAGUCACAUUAUUUCUGAUCACCGGGGUUCUUCUACCGGGCGCUUCUGCAGCUGGCGAGAUGCCUUCAGUGUACGAAACAUAGUCAAAUGCUUACAGCAUUUGGAGUUGGAGGAACGUGGUUUGCCGUAUAAAGCUUAUCUGGCGUUGUGUAUCAUCUUGCCUUGUAUUGACGAAGUUUACCUCAUCUACAUCCGAUUCUACGUCUACCAAGACAUCACUUAUGAUGUCCUCGCGCAAAUCUCUGUGAUUGGCGGUAUCUUUGUUACACUGGUGUGGGCAGCUUUCUGUUAUCUGACGCUUCUACUUCGACUGUCCUUUCAGAAGCAGCAGGGUCUGGUCUUAGCUUUUGUCUGGAGACACGCAGGCAAGAUAGACGUCUGCAGACGCCGGCUGGCCGACUUCGCAGAAGAGCUCAGAAGCAUGAUUGGGUUGGUCUCUGUUUGGAUCAUGGUCAUCGUUCCCGUGAGCACGUGGGCGUUUACCACUCUGGUCGUUGACUACUGGACCAAUUACGGAGUAAUCUACGAUCAAAACGCCUCUCAAGUUUACAGGUAUGGCCUUGUUUGGUACAGGCGCAUCAGUUUUCUGAUCAUGCCGUUAUUUGCACUUGGCGAGAUGGCCUUCAAGAAUACGUGGUCUCAAUUCAGGCGUGCCAUCAGUCGGAUGAGAAAUGAGGAGCAGGAUGUUUUCUGGGAUAAGAUUCUGGCUUUCUGUGAGGAACAGCCCUCGGUAUCUAAAGUGGGGAUCUUGAUUCUUGCGUUCUCUACUUUAGGCUUCUUUCUCGGUCUAAAUUUCCCCAAACCGAGUGGGUUUGGAGUGACGAGCACUCCGUACAACAGCGUCCUCCAAAGUCCAACUCCAUCGUUGUUUUAG